GCCCGUUUCUGUCUGCAUUGACCAGCACGGAGACUCGACUGUCCGCCUGGCGCAACCCUUUUAUUUGGGCAGGGCCUCUUUCCAAGCGUUGCAUGCCAGCUUUGCCGUGUGGGCUAACGUAGCCCCAGCCCACACGCAGCAGCGCAGCUUCUCGUCCGCUACCGCACGCGAGGUAUUUUUCAUUCACUGUCACGUACUGUGAACCAAUAUGGCGACGACGCCACCCUCUCUGCGUAGAAAAGGAACAGCAGAUAGAAGGCGUUCUGGUCUGGGUUAUAAAUGGAUCUUCACUUUCUUCCCUUUGCGUUACAUUGAAAAAGGGAUCCCAAUCGAGAGGGAUAGCGAGCAACAGAGGAGAAACACGCCGACGGCCUAGCCAGGCUCGUCUGCGGCGUCGAAUGUAUCGAUCAUCCAGAAACCCGAAAAUGGCGUCACCCCCAGUCAGGUCCGUCUCCGCUCCUCUCCCCGCUAAAGGCUCAAGUUGGGGAGGGGGGUUAUUGCUACGCCCCGUCUGUAGUGUGAGUGAGAGCGGCGUCGCACUCCAGCCCAUGAUUCAUGUUCUUUGUGGCUUCUCCCAUGGAAGCUAUUUUAUUUUAUUUUAUCAUUAUUAUUGUGACUCUUUCUUAGCCCAAACAACACGAGACCGGCCCCCAGCAGUAAUUCCGAUGACGGGAGCGAGAGGGCGGAGGAAAGUCGAGCCUGUUCUGCACCUGCGCCCCACCACCGUCGACCGCUGGUACCACGUUGAUGGUGAUGGAUCAUGGAUGAUAUCGGAGGCAUCAGCGGAAACACACCUGGACGAAGUGUGAUGGCCAGGUCCCCCGGCGAUAGCAAUACGAGAAAGAACGAAGAAGCAAAUACAAAACAAGCAAAGGAACAAAUGGCGUGCCUAAUUUUGCCCGUAUCUAGAUCUGUCCGUUGACGCCCAGCGCGCCCCCUGAGAGCGCAGUCUGCGGACAUCUGACAGACUAUGAACCUCGCUCGCGCCGGUGGCUGUCUCACGCUGGGCCCCAACAGACGUUGAACAGGGAGGCCAGACGAGCUCGCCACCCCCAAGACAAUUUAAUUGAUACACCAAAAGGAAGCAUGUUAUUUACAAAGCGGUUUCCCGGCGAAAUAUCCAUUUUAGAAAUUUACAAAAUAUCAAGUACCAAAGAAAUAAGC